UUUUUAAAAGGGUAGAGUAUUAGUUGAUUUGAUAUUUUCUUUUGGUUGCUUUAAUUAAAUUAAAUAGUAGUGAUGUAAAAAUAGACAAAAUCCCACCUAGUAACGUCCGAUAGAAUUGCUAAGUUGCAAGGGCAGUGGAAUUUCCUAACCUAAUACUCCUCCUGCUCAGUGACUGACCAUUUCUUCAAACACGCAAAAGUGCAAUCAAGAAGAAGAGGAAGAAAGAAGAUGCCGUUGACUGCAACAAUGGUUGGAGCCAUAUUGGGUUUUGGUACCCAGGUGUACUCUAACGCCCUCCGCAAACUACCUAUCAUGCGCCAUCCGUGGGAACAUUUGUUGGGUAUUGGAAUUGGUGUAGUGGCUGUCAAUCAGUUUGUCAAAUGGGAAGUUAAGUGCAAUGAAGAUCUGAACAAAUUGCUCGAAAAAUCUAAGCAUGCCAAUGAACGUCGUUACUUUGAUGAUGGCGAAGAUUAAUACUAUGGGCGGUUUCCAGAGAAUAUGUUGCGAUAGCUAGCAGCUCCAAUGAGUCAAGUUUGCUUAAGCAGUUUUCCUUUUUGUAAGGUUUGCAGUACAUUGAUCUUUGUAUCAGCGAAGAACACGUUGCAAUAAUCAUAUUUUGACUGUCUUGCAAAAUGUGUUUUCUCUAAUAAUUAGACCAUUCAUAGUCUCCUACGACUGUUUGGGAUCA